GACUGCGGCAUCCAUCCGAAGUCGAAAGCCCAAAGCCCGAAGUUUUGUUUGGUCAGCGCCUCAAAUAAGGGCACGGAAGUACAGAGAUGAAGGCGUUGGUGACCGGCGCAACCGGUUACCUUGGCAGCAACCUCUGCCGGCUCUCGCUCGCCGAGGGCCAUCCGUCCGGGGCGCUCGUGCGCGGCACGAGCGACCUCACAUCCUCCCAUCCCUCCAAUUCUAGCCCUGCUUCCUUCGAGCUCGCCUACGGUGACGUCACCAGACCUCCCCUCCCUCGUCGACGCUGCUCCGGCUGCCACGUCAUCUUCACAACCGCCGCCCUCGUCGAGGCAUGGCUUCCUGAUCCUUCUAGAUUCUUUUCUGUUAAUGUUGGGGGGUUAAAGAAUGUCCUUGAAGCUUUCAAGGCGACGGAUUCGGUGGAGAAGAUUGUGUAUACAUCGUCGUUCUUUGCCCUUGGAUCUACUGAUGGAUACGUUGCAGAUGAAUCGCAGGUUCAUCAUGGAAAAGUUUUCUGUACGGAGUAUGAAAAAUCAAAGGUGAUAGCAGAUACAGUUGCAAUGCGGGCUGCAAGUGAAGGAAUUCCCAUCAUCCUUCUUUAUCCAGGAGUUAUUUAUGGCGCUGGGAAACUAACAGCGGGAAACAUUGUUUCUAGAAUAAUGAUUGAACGUCUAAACGGACGAUUACCUGGUUAUAUCGGCUAUGGAAAAGACAGGGAAUCAUUUUCUCAUGUUGAAGAUGUUGUGGAGGGGCAUAUAGCUGCAAUGCAGAAGGGACGAAUGGGUGAAAGAUAUUUGCUUACUGGAGAGAAUGCAUCCUUCAAGGACGUCUUUGAUAUUGCUGCAGUCAUCACAAAAACAAGAAGACCUUCUUUCCACUUACCUCUAUGGGUUAUAGAGGUUUAUGGGUGGAUUUCUGUUUUCUUUGCUAGAAUUACAGGGAAGCUUCCUCUUAUCAGUUAUCCGACAGUCCGGGUUCUGAGGCAUCAAUGGGCGUAUUCCUGUGAAAAGGCCAGGAAAGAGCUAGGCUAUAAUCCGAGAAGCUUGAAAGAGGGGCUGGAAGAGAUGCUUCCCUGGCUGAAGAGUUUGGGAUUGAUAAACUACUAAAUAUGGUGGCUUUAAUGUAGAGUCGCGUGGUGUUCUAUGCUGUUCAUAUUAAGAGCUCCUGUGUUGUAUGUUGGCCAGUGUGGUUCAAUUAAGCUUGAUUAUGUCGCAACACACCAAAAAUCAAAUAAAACAAGGGAAAAGUCCCAAGAGGCCAGCAUCCCGUAAAGUGUUUCCAGAUAGCAUGACUUUCUGUAAGAAAAAAGUUUGCCAGCGUAAGAAAAUGUUGCAAGGUGUGAUAAAGUUACUAUAUUGUUUA